CACCGUCACCAUCUUAGAUUUUGAUUUGGGACAAAGUCCUAUUUUCCGUUUCAGGCCUUGGAUAUUAUAAAAAAUAAAGUUUAUAGACAAAGGGCAACUGUGUUCAAUGUUGUAUUCUCAUAACGGCAAAGACAGAGUAUUUCUGGAUUCACUCCAAAAUCAGCUGAUACAAGUGAAAUAUUGGAGAAGAAUCUUUACUCCUGGGUCGUCAGGACCGGUAUCGAUACCAUCAACAAAAUCGUCUGCGGGAUCAGAGCGAAAAGUCACCAUGAAGUACCUCCUGUUUGCGUGCACUGUUUUUGGCGCCAUUUUAGCCUUCAUUUUCCGUACACCGGUCCCCGAUGGGCUGACGGAACCUUGGAAAUAUCGUCUGCUGAUAGCUACCACGUCAGUACAGGCUCUAUUGGCUAGGAUUAGUGCCUACUUCCAACCGGAUAAUCCACACGCGUACAUCCAAGCAUUCAGGUCAAUCCGGGACCUUACCAACGUACCUUCACCUUCAGAGGUCAAGGGGUCAAACAUCAGGUCAAAGGUCACGACAUUCGAUGGAGUCAGGGUACGCCUCUACGAACUGAUCAAGAAGAAAGAAUUUCUUCAGCCGGCUUUGAUAUACAUUCACGGGGGAGGAUAUGCUUUGGGAUCACCUGAUGGAUACGACAGACUGACAAGAGACUUAGCAGAGCGUCUAAACAUGGUCGUAGUCUCAAUCGACUAUCGUCUGGCCCCUGAGCAUCCUUUCCCUGCUGGGCACCUAGAUUGUCUUAGUGCCACCUCUUGGUUCCUGCGCAACGCUCAAGACUUCGGCGUAGAUGCCAACAGAGUAGCCAUCUCUGGAGACAGCGGUGGGGGCCACAUGAGCGCUACUGUGUCUCAGGUUAUCAACGAUGACCCAGCUCUUCCCAACUUGAAACUUCAGAUCUUGAUUUACCCUGCUACUCAGACCUUGGAUCUGCUAACCCCUUCUUACCAGAAGUACGACCAGGACUUCGGUGAUGAGGGUAUUCUACCUAGGAAGCGCGUAGCAGCAUUCAUCAGCAUGUACGACCUGGGAAGGUCGGACCCACUCUACAUGCAGCAGAUCCUGUCCAACGAGCAUAUCAUCAGGGAAUUCAGGUUGAACUCUCCUUAUAUGAACUACGUGGAUCACAGUGUCAUCCCGUCUGAGCUGCGCAAGGAGACACGACUUUAUCGACCUCCAAGACAAGGACCAGGAAACGAGUCUUUAUGGCGUCAGGUCGAAAGCAAAUAUCUUGAUCCACGCUGGGCACCCUUACUUCGUCAAGACCUAUCGGGACUUCCGCAAGCAUUUGUUACAACGUGUGGUUUUGAUAGCAUUCGAGAUGAUGGAAUCUUCUACGCGAAGCGACUGGAGGAGGCGGGUGUGAAAACUCAAUGGAAACAUUAUCCUUCGGCUUUUCAUGGUGUGAUGUUCAUAAACAAUUUCUUUUGGUUUCAGGUUGGGGAAGUAAUGACGAAUGAUAUUGUAGAGUUUGUUCAAAAGAAUAUUUAGGAAAUUAUUUUCCUUUGAGAAAAUUGUGCAUAAAGUAAAUGGCUAUGACAUGUAUGAGCAGGGGCAUCGCUUGAAUCCUGUUAAAGUGCAAUAAAAGCUCUAUACUUUAAGAUUAGUGAAAAAAUAUAAAUUACCAAUUUAUGACCUAAUACAAAUAUAUAUCGGCUACAUCCGCCUUCUAAAAAUAAUAUUGUGUGCCUGUGGAAGCUUAACUUUAGACCAUGUACAAAAACUAGAAAGAAUCCAGAAAAGAGUUUGUAAAAAUUAUCUCAGGCAAAAGUUAUUUAAAUUAUGAAGAUGCUUUAAAACGAUGCAAACUGGAAACAUACAAAGAUAGACGCGAACAAUUAUGUUAAGUUUUUACCUAUGAGCAAAAAUCUACUUUGUCAAAACUGGUUACCUGAAAAGAACGUUGUUGGUAUGACUUUACGCAGUAAACAAAAGUAUUUGCUAUAAAAAUGCAGGAUCUCUCUUGAAGUGCAGAUUUUCAUUGUAAUUGCAUGUUAUAUGCUGGAUUUUUCUUAAUGUACCAUUAGUUUCACCAUUAUUACAUUAUUGUUUUAUGUUACAUUUGCAGUUGUUAUACAUUUUUUGUAGUAACAUGCUAUUCAGCUUUUUAGCUGCAGUAUGUGUAUGAUUGUUUUACUGGCAAUUAAUAAACCAUGAAAUGAAAUGAUUCGUGAUGGGAUGUUAUCCCCGGGUAAUUACAGUCUAUAUUAUCUUUAUCAUAGGAGUAUUUGCCACAUUCGAUGAAUCCGAGUGUGCAUGUCUUGUAUAUUUUCAAAAGUAAGAUUUAGAAAUGGAGGAAAUUCGAUACAUCCAAAAUAAAUGUCUGCAUGUUUUGCA